AAUGAGAGCAAAUGCUGGACGAUGCAUAACUUAGUUUUAGCAUUGUUCAAAAGUCAGGCCAUGAACUCGCUUCAUCCGAAGUAUCUUAGUCAAUACCUUGCAUUCUAUAGUGCCAACUACAAUACACAUAACUAAAUAUGGAAUUAAUGCAUGGUAUAAUGACUAUAAAACCACGACAAUGGUUCUGCUCUUCUCAAUUGAGGACUUAUUUAUGUGCUGUCCCAGACGUAAGGUUAAACCCUUUAUAAAGGUUAUAAAGCCCUCUCUGACUUUCACUUUACUAUAAGGAACACGACUGCGGUUAGGCCCCAGCUCCAGCCUCUGUUUGCUGCUGCUGUGGAGGGAACGCUGUGCUGUGCUGUCUCCCAGAAGAUUGCCUUAUCGGUGUCUGGCAUAGCAGCACCACAGCUCAGCUCAGCUGAUAGGAUGGAUUCAGCCCAACGGAACUCUGCUUUCGCAUGUCCCAAAGAGUUCAACACCGAAUAGCACCCGAACACUCAUAUAGAAGGUUACAUAUCACAGAGGGGGCGCUGCAACCACAGCCUGUCUUGAAUGUGUGCAGCAGCCAACUAUGUGCUCCCAUUGAGGAGGCACAGUGAGGGCUUGGCGAAUCCUGGCAGGCUGUGUGGGGGGGUUUCGAUGCCCACCCAUGCCCCUAGAGCCCGGUCACAUGGAGCCCCCCACCCACACGACGAAGAGAUGGACUUGGCCUGGCAGGAACUGAUGGCCAUCACUGAGCUUCAGGAGUUUGAGGUCCCACAUGACAGCCCAGAUGAAAAUAUUCAGUACCAUCCCAUGGAGCUGCCCAUCUCUCUGGGAGGUUAUGGCAUGGCUCAGUCUCACUCUCAUACAGAGCCCCUCCCCUGUGGUGGUGCGACAAAUCCUGAUGCUGCUUAUGAGGGAUCCUACUCUAAAGUAAUGCCAGCUUGCCAACAUCAGGCCACCGGGGAAGCAGCAGCAGAGGCACUGUACGGACAUUCUGGAAACCAUUCUGGAGCCCAACUGAACCCCAGAGUUUUGAACCCUAUACAGCCACCGCUGAUGAGCCUUCUAGAGCAUAUGAGUCUCCCGAGCGUCUGUGGUGAGGGGCUUGUUGGAAACGACAAUGCUGGCCCCUCUCAGGGCCCGGGGCGGUACGUGCUAGGGACAUGUCAUGGGCAGAGCAAACACCCACCAUGCACUGUGGAUGAUCUGGAAUCUGACUCUGGCCUAUCUCUGGGUUCCAGCCCACCACUAGCCUCACCAGAUGAUGCCAUGACUGGUGUCAUUGCUUAUUCAAGCACAGAGGUUGGUCUGAACUAUAGUCACGGGGAGAUGGAGAAUAUGGGUGAGCAAGGUAGGGGAGCUAGCCUCUUUUACUCUGUGGACUAUCAGCAGCAUCCCAAUAACCCCUACCACUACUCAGGGAUGCACUCCUCUUACUUCCCUGUAACACAACCAUCCCAAAUGCAACCACAGCCUCACUUCCUGCCUCCCAUAUCAAUGAAACAUCAUCAUGGUUUACCCAGUGCCUUGAACGACCGGCAUCUUAACAGCUCUGCCAUCAGAGAGAGCUCUCCCCAGGCGUUCUAUGAAAAACCCAGAGGUAACCCUCUUCCUGUCCCUCUGAGCCGGGACGAACGCCGAGCCCUCGCCCUCAAGAUCCCUUUCCCUCUAGAGAAGAUCAUCAACCUACCUGUGGACGACUUCAACGAGCUCCUGACACAGUACACCCUCACGGACUCCCAGCUCGCCCUCGUCAGGGACAUCCGCCGGCGGGGUAAGAACAAGGUGGCAGCCCAGAACUGCAGGAAGAGGAAGCUGGAGAACAUUGUUUACCUGGAGGGGGAGUUGGGUCAGCUGCAGGCCCAGAGGGAACAUCUGGCCAGGGAGAGGUUGGAGUUCCAACGCAACCUGACUAUUGUUAAACACCGCCUCACAGACUUGUAUGCUGAAGUCUUUUCUCAGCUCCGGGAUGAGGAUGGACAUCCCUACUCUAUAGAGGACUACUCUCUACAGCAGACCCCUGAUGGGAACGUAUACCUGGUGCCUCGUAGUAAAGUGUCGGAUGGAGAAUAAUGUAUGAAAUCUAUUGGACAGUUAUUGUAUACUGCCUCAGUUUAUAUACCAAUAUGAAAUUGUUGCUAAAUCUACAGUACAAUAAGUGCCAUUAAGGAUAUUUACAUACAAAACCAUGGAACAGUGUAUGUAGAGAUCGGAUAAAAUGGCAGCUAAAAGGCCACCAUGUUAAACUAAUCAAUAUUUAGGGCCUUUAGACAGUAUUCAUACCCCUUGAAUUAUUCCACAUUUUGUUGUUAUAGCCUGAAUUAAAAAUGGAUCAAAUAUACUGCACAAAAAUAUAAACGCUACAGUUCAUAUAAAGAAGUCAGUCAAUUGAAUUAAAUGCAUUAGGCCCAAAUCUAUGGAUUUCACAUGACUGGGAAUAGAUAUGCAUCUGUUGGUAACAGCUACCUUCAAUAAAAAUAGGCCUCAGGAUCUCGUCACGGUAUUUCUGUGCAUUCAAAUUGCCAUCGAUAAAAUGCAAUUGUGUUCGUUGGCCGUAGAUUAUGCUUGCCCAUACCAUAACCCCACCAUACACGAGGUCGGUGGUUGUGAGGCCGGUUGCCAAAUUCUCUAAACCGUUGGGGAAGCGGCUUAUGGUAUAGAAAUUCACAUUUAAAUUCUCUAGCAACAGCUAUGGUAGACAUUCCUGCAGUCAGCAUACCACAUUGCACGCUCCCUCAAAACUUGAGACAUCUGUGGCAUUGUGUUGUGACAAAACUGCACAUUUUAGAGUGGCCUUUUGUCCCCAGCACAAGGUGCAUCUGUGUACAAUUCUGCAAUGUAUUGAUCAUGCCGUUUAAUCAGUUUCUUGAUAUGCCACACCUGUCAGGUGGAUGAAUUAUCUUGGCAGAGGGAAAAUUCUCACGAACAGGGACAGAAACAAAUUUGUGCACAACGAGAGAAAUAAGCUGUUUGUGUGUAUGGGACAUUAAUGGGAUAUUUUAUUUCACCUCAGGAAAAAUGGGACCAACACUUUGCAUGUUGCGUUUAUAUUUUAGUUCAGCUACACGAAAUACCCUAAUAAUGACAGUGAAAACAUGUUUCAAGAAAUGUUUGCAAAUGCAUUGAAAAUUAAAAUAAAGAAAUCUCAUUUGCAUUAGUGUUCACACCAGUCAACACGUGAUGUCCCCUUUGGCAGAAAUUACAGCCGAGUCUUUCUGGGUAAGUCUAAGAGCUUUGCACACCUGGAUUGUACAAUAUUUGCACAUUAUACUUUAAAUUCUUCAAGCUCUGUCAAGUUGGUUAUUGAGCAUUGCGUGACAGCUAUUUCCCAGUCUUGCCAGAUUUAAUUCAAAACUAUGCCACACUGCAACAUUCAAUGACAUCUUGGUAUAUCAUUACAGUGUAUAUUUGGCCCUGUGUUUUAAGUUGUCCUGCUGAAAGGUGAAUGUGUUGCCUGGAAAGCAGACCAGGUUUUCCUUUAGGAUUUCGCUGGUGCGUAGCUCUAUUCAGUUUUUUAAAUCCUGAAAAAUGACCUAGUCCUUGCUGAUGACAAGCAUACCCAUAACAUGCAGGCACCACCACGCUUGAAAAUAUGGUAUUGGAUUUCCCUCUAACGUAACACUUUGUAUUCAGGGCAGUUAAUUUCUGUCACAUUACUUUUGUGCCUUACUGCAAAUAGGAUGCAUGUUUUGGAAAAUGUCUAUACAGGCUUCCUUUUCACUGGCAUUUAGGUUAGUAUUGUGGCGUAACUUAACUGUUGACCCCUCAGUUCUAUCACAGCCAUUAAACUGUUAAAAUCAGCAUUGGCCACAGUGGAAUCAGUGUUUUCCUUCCGCUCUGGCAACAGAUAGGAAGGCUGCAUGCAUCUUUGUAGUGACUUGGUGUAUUGAUACAUCAAGAGUAAUUAUUAACUUUCAAAUGCUCUGGGAUUUUUAAUAUAUACCAAUAGGUGCCCUUUGCAAAGCAUUGGAAAACCCCUGUUCCUUGAGGUCAAAUCGGUUGAAAUGCCGUUUGACUUACAGAAUAAACAAAUAAUCAGUAGUUAGUGCAAUUUAUGUACAUUUUCUCCUUUUUUUUUGCUGAACUACAACAAUAAUCCACCUUGGUAUGGGGUAUUGUAUGUAGGCCAGUGACAGGCUCAAUUUAAAUUCAGGCUAGGAAAAUUGAGAAAGUCAGGGGGGAGAAUACUUAAGGCCCUUUAUUUACCCGAGUUAACAGUCAUAUGCCUAUGCUCAUUCUGGAUACAAUGAUAAAUCUAAAAUGUACAUUUGGGAAUUAUAUUAUAAGAACGUCUAUUUUUACAGUCCAUGUAUAUGAAAAUUGUGUACCAUGGUAGUUGAAGAGUAAUUAUGAGUAAAAGUGAGUUUAAAAAAAUAUUUUAUUGAUAAACAGGAAGUGGGUAAAAACAAGUUAAAAUCCUGCACAGCAGUCUUCGCAGUAUAAAAUAGCCAAUUGCAUCUUUCCAGGCACCCUAAAAGAGAACAGACCAUUGUUUAAAAUCAGGACAGCCUCACAUAAUCUCUUAAUAUGUCCAAGUUAUCAAAAGGUUGUCGCUUACUAUAUGCAAUGCAACAAUGUUCCGCUUAAAAAUCAUGCUUUUGGAUAGCUGUCCUUUCGACUCAGUGUUUUUCCUAGAAAGCACCAGAGGAAAAGGAGACAAAUGAAUAUCAGAAGAUAAACCAAUGAAAGGCGUUAGUGAUAUUCCAUGAUUUGACUGCAAACGCCAGCAUGCAUUAUGAGAUUGGCACGCUGGUAAAGACAAUGUUACGCAAAAGGUCCAGACCGUUCUAUUAGAUGGGGGCAUUGGUUUCUAAUAAAACACUGCACAUCCAAAUAAAAUGUACACGGUCAUUAAUUCUAUACUAUGAAUUUCUACAACAAAACUAGUGUUUGCUCAUACCAACUACAGAACAUGUUAUUCAAACUGACAGUAGUUGGAAAAGUCUUCUUACCUACAGGCGUCAUCUAAGUGCUUUGGUAGCUGCUGUCUGCUAGUCUCACAUGCCUUCUUGCUACUCACUCUCCUGCUUCACACUGCUCCUUCCUGCCAGGCGAUGGGUUUGUUUGCUACGUCUCUCCCUCAGCUCAGCUGGCUUCCAUGGCUGGCUAGCCUCAAGACUGCAUCAUGUAAGCUAGCCUUCUGCUGGCAGCUGUACUGUCUUACAGGCGGGUCUGAUCUAGCCAUCCAACUCACGUCUCUGGAGCAGUUCUCAAAGAGA